AUGCGCACUAUGUGGAUUGUCAUAUUUGGCAUUUUGAUUUCAUUUGAUUGUUUUUCGAGAAGAAAUUCAUCGCAAAGUCGUUGGCAAAGUUCAUUAAAAAUGAGUCAGUUUUACAUCGAAAUACAUGCAACUUCGCUCACGAAUUGCAUUUGAAAUGUACAUUAUAACUUUAUAUUUUUUAUCUUUGUUUAGUGUCUCCAAUGAUGUACCAGUGACGUUGAUAUAUCUAGGACUAAUAACAAUAUUUGUCUACUAUUUGCUAGAAUACCUGAGCAUAUGGUGUAUAUUAUAUUAGCAUAUGUUAUUAGUAGUUUUCGCGAAAAAUUAAAAUGUCAACCGUAGAAGAAUUACAAGCGAAAAUCAAACAAUUAGAAGGAAAGUUAUCAGCUUCUCAAAAGAAUGUACGAGAAAAAAUUAAAGAAAUGUCUUCAGAGGUAACAGAUUCUAAUCCAUACAGUCGUUUAAUGGCACUUAAACGUAUGGGUAUAGUGAACAAUUAUGAAAAAAUCCGAGAUUUUACAGUGGCAGUAGUAGGAGUCGGAGGUGUUGGAAGUGUAACUGCUGAAAUGCUUACAAGAUGUGGUAUUGGAAGAUUAAUAUUAUUCGAUUACGAUAAAGUAGAACUUGCUAAUAUGAAUAGAUUAUUUUUCCAACCUCAUCAAUCAGGGUUAAGUAAAGUAGAAGCUGCAGCUGAAACUCUCAGAAACAUAAACCCCGAUGUUGAUAUUCGAACUUAUAACUAUAAUAUUACUACUGUAGAUAAUUUUGAUAACUUCACAGAAGUUUUAAGGACUAGUAAUUUGAAUGGAGGUCCAGUAGAUUUAGUAUUAAGUUGUGUAGAUAACUUUGAAGCUAGAUUUGCAAUAAAUACAGCUUGUAAUGAAUUCAAUUUAUCUUGGUUUGAAUCUGGAGUGUCUGAAAAUGCAGUAUCAGGACACAUCCAGUUCAUUGUACCAGGAGAAACUGCAUGUUUUGCUUGUGCUCCUCCCUUGAUUGUGGCAUCAAACAUUGAUGAGAAGACUUUGAAGAGAGAUGGGGUCUGUGCAGCUAGUCUUCCAACAACUAUGGGUAUAGUUGCAGGAUUUUUGGUCCAAAAUAGUUUGAAACACCUUCUUCAAUUUGGGAUUGUUAGUAAUUAUUUAGGAUAUAGUGCUUUGACUGAUUUUUUCCCAACUAUGACUCUAAAACCAAAUCCAAAUUGUGAAGAUUCCAACUGUAGGUUGAGACAAAAAGAGUUUGCUUUAAAACCUAAACCAGAAAUUGCAGUUGAAGCAAAAGAAGAAAAAUCUGUCCAUGAAGAUAAUGAAUGGGGCAUAAGUCUGAUAGAUGAAAGUGUAAAUGUUACUGAAGAAGUUACUGUAGCUGAAGGGAUAAAAUUGGCAUAUACUUUACCAAACAAUAACAUUGUUGAAGAAUGUGAAGAGGCUACUGCAGAUAAUGAUAUUAGUUUAGACGACUUGAGAGCUCAGCUAAAUGAUAUGUAAUUCCAAAUAAUAUUGAAAUCUUGAGAUGUAAUCAUUAAUUGAAUUGAAGACAUUUAUGAAUAUUUAUAUACAAAUUAUAAAGAAUAAUCAUCUACAAAUAGACAAAAAAUGGAAUAUUUAUGUCAUAUUUGCUCAAGACGUAAAAAUACUGUAACAUUCAUAGAAUAUCCACCCUAUUCAUAUGAUUUGGGCACGUAUCAUUCCUGUUUCUUCUUUAACCUAAAAAAAACUUUGUCUUUGUCGACGUUUACUGACGGAGGAAGAGAUAGAUCGUAAUUCAACAAUUAUUUGGGCAUUGAUUACUUUGAACAUUAAUAAAAUCAUUUUCCUAAAAGUAUUUACUUUUCUUGUAUCUCAGAAAAUAUAGCGUCACAUUUCUAAUUAGAUGAAAUGGCUUCAAUAAUGUAUCCAAAUAGAUAAAUUUAUACAUAUUUCAUGCUUUUUUUGCUUCUUCAGUUAUAGAUAGAAUUUCAACUGGUAAUCCAAAUAAACAGAUUAAUUAAUAUGACUAUCUUUUCAUCCUAAUUUGGACGUGUUAGUAUUUUUUUAUCGAUAUCAUUUAAAACUGGUUAUAUGUUAUAUAUCAAAUAGGAUUUUUCAUAUUAUAAGUUACAAAACUAGAUUAUUUGACAAUAUAAAAAAAACAUGUUAUACUUUGGGCCAAUCAAAUUGGAUCAAAAUCUACGAAAUAUAGGAAUUUUAUUUGAAUCAACUGUUUAGUGCAUUUCCACUCCACUAUAUGAGUACCCCAGUUCCAAUUCAUUUCUCAUAUCUUUAUAAACGAAUUCAAUCAUUUUUCUUUUAUGGAAGGUUACAACCAUAGACGUAGUUGACGUUUGAUCACAGAACACAGUCGAUUUAACAAAUUUCAUUCCGCUACCGCUACCUAGCACAAAUUAAAAGCGCCCCGCUCUAGAACGUGUUGUUUGUAGCGUAUAUCUAAUUGAAGGAUUAUGUUAACUUUGUACAACAGCUACACAAUGGUUUCAUCGAUGAAUGCGAACAUUGUGCUAUUUUAUUUUAAAAUUUGAAACGUUUCUGCUUGUCAAAAACAAAAUAGUAAACAAUUUAUCUGUCCUUAAAAAUAUUGACAAAGAUAUUUAAUUUUUUGCAGCUGUCAAUAUAUUAAUGUUUAUUGUCCUAAGUUAAUCCUUUGCAUAUAUUAUUUAUUAAUUACAAAAAUAUGGCAUGUGAUUUCUCAAUAAAUUUUUAUUUUAUUAAA